AUGCAAGUCCUCGCUCUUUCCCUCCUCCUCUCCUGCUCAGCUUACGUGACACCGAGCCGCAUUGUAUGCUGUCUCCCGGCCGCCGUACCACGGGCCGCAGGUAUUGUUAGCUCGCUCACGGCGUUUGAGCGCCCUUUUGGCGGCAAGGUGCUGACGCCACCUACUACAGCCGCGCAGAAUGUUGCCGUCUCGCUUCGGCGCGCAAAGCCGUCAGACGCCGUAGCGAUCGCCACGAUAUGCACCGACUCCUUCUACGGAGAGCACGAACUCAAGGACGGUCCGAUCAAAUUCAGCCAGCGGGCUGCGGUAUGGAGUAAGGUCUACCUCGCAGUCUCGCGCCGGCUACAAUUUGAGGGGCAGCGCGAAUGCCGGCUGGUGGUGGCGAGCGACGCGCGUGGCGGGCCGCUGAUCGGUUGCGUCGACCUCGCGGUGCAUCUCUUCAACACGCAGGCGGCUGCCCGAAGCUCGCGAGCGUUGUCUUCAAGAGAGACCCCUGCGCCCGACGCCUGUGAGGCCGACCCUGUAUCGCCCAAGCCGCGUUGCCGCCUGGUGCCCCGCUCGCAGGAGCGCCGGCCGUACGUCGCCUCUCUGGCAGUGGAUCGGGCCUACCGGCGGAGGGGCGUGGCGCGCUGCCUCGUCGGCGAGGCGGAGCGAGUCGCUCGCAGCUGGGGCCACGGGGAGGUGUCCGCGCAGAACGAGCCGGCGCUCGCCUUUUACCGGCGAGAGGGGUACCGCGUGGUGCGGUCGGACGUGGCCGGCACCGGCGCGGAGGAAGUGGACACCUCCGGCUUGUGGUGGUCUUUCUAUCAGAUGCCGAAGUAUAUCCUACGCAAGCGGCUCUUCCCGGGCCGCGGCGCGCCGCGCACAGACUGA